AAUGCAAGUACAAUGUAUUAAUAAAUAAUAUCAUGUAAUUUCCAAUGAAUUUAUAUGCAUAGUGUGUACGAGUAUAUUUUGAUUAAAAAAAAAAAAUUUAUACGGAGCAAGUACAAUGUAUAAUUAGUGCAUUAAUCUAAAUGAAAUUUAAUAAUGUACCUUUUUCAACUACGGAGUAAAAAAAAAUAAAAAUCUAAGUACAAUGUACGAUAUAAGUGCAAUGUACCAUUAUAAUUAUAAGUACACAAUAAACCUUUGUUUCUUAAUUAUCAAAAUUUCACAUUAACGUUAGUUGUAGGACCAAGAGAGUAUAAAUUUAUAAUUCCCACUUGAGAGUGAAAGUGGGACUGUGAGAGUGAAAAAAAUGGUUGAUGGCAAAAUUAUGAAAUGCUAUAUCAGAAAACAGCGCAGAAGGUCGAGGGCGGAAGAAGAAGACAGGUUGAGCUCACUUCCUGAUGUCAUUCUCACCAACAUUCUUUCUCGUCUCCCUAUCCAUGUUGCCAUCGCAACCUCCGUCUUAUCCCACCGAUGGCGCCGGGUCUGGACCGGCAUCACCUGCGUUGAAAUCGUUACUUGUAGAACAUCAGGAGUUGCCGCCAUGUUUGACUGCAUCCUACGACAGCUUACAUCCCGGAAGCUCCACGUCUUUGAUCUUGCUCUGCUAGAGGUGUUUAAAUCUCCGGAAAUUAGUGAAUCAGAAAUAGAAUUAUGGGUCCGUGAAGUUUGCAGUCGAAAUGUGGAGGAUAUCAGGAUCGAUGCACAUUAUGAUAGUCAGUUUUGUGUACCCGCUAUUCUGUUCAAUUCACAAUCUCUGGUAACUUUGAAAUUAUGGGGCUUGCUUCAGUUUAAAUGGCCGGAAAUUGGGAGCUUAUGCUUUCAUCUACCUAAUUUGAAGUCACUUAACCUUUGCAAGCUUAUUGAUGUUCCUCUUUCGUUGGGGACUCUAUUAAGAUCUUGCCCUCAUUUGGAACAUUUAGAUUUAGACUUCGAUCUAGCUGAUAAUCUACAUUUUUCAUUGUCUAGUUCUGUUGUGAAUAUCAUUGCCCCCAAUUUGAAAUCAUUGUCUAUACAUAUGCUAUACACUCCCGGGCAAAUUAGUGUAUAUAUCGAUGCACCCAAAUUGGAAAACCUGAAAAUUGAGAAUUUCUAUUCAAUUUAUUACUUUCUCCGGAAUCCAACUGUGUUAAAGGAAGCGCGUAUUGAAUUGAUGCAUGAUGAAUGGUAUGGGCUGGAGUCAGAUGAUGAAGAGGAGAAAGAGCUGGAUUAUGGCUCAUUGUCUGAAGCACGAAAAGAAUAUCUUCACCAGAUGACCAAGUUUGUUGGAGGAAUGUCUACUGUUACCAAUCUUGAGCUAAGGCUAGAGAGUCUGACCAAUAUAUUCAAAUAUCAAAACCCUGUGAAACUGCCAAUCUUUUCUAACGUAGCCCAUCUCGAAACAAAUUUCUUGAAGGAUUUGAUGUUUUCCUUACAUUGUUUUCCCAACUUAGAGCAUCUUAAGGUGUCAGAUUGUGAUGAUAAAAUGGAGCAAACUCACAAGACUAUACAAAUAUGGAGACUGAAGGGAACUGAUGAUAACCUCAGGUUUCUGGCAUACAUUCUACGUAAUGCUUUUGUUUUGGAAAAGCUUCUCGUAAAAUUUCAUAUGGUGGAUGGGGAAUAUGACAAAUAUGAACGCGAAAAAGCAUAUGCAGUGUGGAAGGAAUGUCAGUUCUGUAAAUCAUUGAUGAAGCUUCCAAGGAGCUCUUUGACGUGUCAGCUUGAGCUUUCUGGUCGGUCUGUUAUAGCAUCAGGUAAUGGCUUACAAGGUGGAUACCUUCCAUGUCAAAUUUUUAUGGGCUGAUAAACCUGAUGUAUGCAACUUGUUUUUCAAAUGCAACAUUCAAGCUUAUGGGUUGUAGGGAUUGACUACUGAAUUCCGAUUGAUUUUUGGUUUAUAUGCAUAAUUGCGUGUAGUUUAGGGCUUAACAAUGUUUCUAGAAAUCCUGGAUAUGUAACAGGGUAUUCUAGCCUUGCUAUGUACUGGUCUUUACUCUUUUCUAUUAAGUUUUUAUGUAUUAUUCUAUU